UUAUUAUGGACUCUCAUUCUAUCCUUGAUGAUUAAUAUGCAUAAAUUCAGCUUGAUUAGGGAAUUUUAGCCUUUUUAAGUUGCAUGUCUUUAUCAUAUCAUGGCCUGAGGGAAUAGAUCACAAUCACAUUGGACCAAGAUUAAGAAUUAGAUCCGAACCAUGUUGCAAACGAUGAAGAAUCAUUGUUGGCGUAUGCCUAAAGGAAAGGUCAAUCUGAAUCGUAGCUGGAAAACAUCAAACUUCAAGCUUGGUUUGCGUGACGAUUUUCCAAGCCCAGUCAGUGGCCAAAUUUUGGAAUUCUGUGACCCUGAGUUCUUCCGAGAAACCCUGCAAAAGCCAGAAGUCACUUCUAGCUCGUACUGCUGCUAUGAGAACUCUUCCUACACUAACAAUCUUCCAUCGCCACCAGAUAUAGACAAGUCCAAUUGCUGCCAAGAUAACAAUGGCAAUUAUAACAGCACGACCCCUACAACCACAACGGCUAUCACCAUCACUACUAGUACCACUACAAAUACAGCUGCCAAUACUAACAACAUAAAUAACAUCGACACUAGUAAUCUGUCCAUAAUAUUUGACUCCCAAGAUGAGCUUGGCAGUGAACUCUCUGCUUCUAUAGAUUUUUCUCCCUCUACUUUUUCUGUCCCUCUAUUUAUCUCUACCCAAAAUGACCAAUUUGAUUUCUCUUCGGUGCAACCACAACUCCCAUUAACAGAUUUUGUAUCUGCUGAUGGUCUGUCACAGUACACUGCUGACCCUGCUGCCCCAAUCAUGGGGCAUCCAUUACCAUCAGUUUUUGAAGAAGAUUGCUUGUCCUCGGUUCCUUCUUAUGAGCCUUUGAACCCAUCGUCACUUACCUGUUCAAUUCCUGGUCCAGCCAUGAGUACUUGCAUGCUUGCUGGGACCAUGAAUGCCGCAUUAUCUGCUGACAGUUUUGGAAUUUUCGACGGUGGUAUUCUUACGUGUUCUGAAUGGCAACCACUAGAAUUGGAUUAUCGGGGUGAAAAUGGUGGCAUUUACUGUCCUGAUUCCCUCCAGCAUGUUUUUAACCCUGGUGAUCUGCAGGCACUCGGCAAUAAAACUCCAAAACUGGAUGGUGGGCCUGUGAGUUCUGCUCCUUUAACAUCAGAUAUUUCAAGCUUGGAAGUUUCAACUUUCAAGGUGGGCAAACUUUCAGUUGAGCAAAGGAAGGAGAAAAUCCAUAGGUACAUGAAGAAAAGAAAUGAGAGGAAUUUCUGCAAGAAAAUUAAGUACGCCUGCCGCAAAAAACUGGCAGACAGCCGGCCUCGAGUCAGAGGAAGGUUUGCAAAGAAUGAUGAUUUUGUUGACAUCCAGAGGACUUUUUGUGGCCGUCAUGAAGAUGGACCAGCAAUGAAAGGAGAAGGUGUGACUGAUUCUGAUAUUUUUGCACACAUGGGUGUGAACACCUUCAAAUGCAACUACUCUAUCCAGUCCUGGAUUUAA